UUUAAGUAUGGUUUUUGAUCCACGCGAAAUUUACUCUUUUGAUUAUUUUUUAUCAUAUUUAUGAAGCUGAAAAUGAAAUCUAGAUCAUCUUGAUUUUGAAAAGCUUCACCAUUUUUGUUGAAAAGUAUUGCAUCGAGAAGAGAGAGAGAGAGAGAGAGCAUGUCGAGGAUAUGGGCAAGGUUGGCGGGGAUGUUGAGCAACAGGAGAAUGGUAGGGGUAGACAAAGCGGGGAAUCGAUACUUCACCAGAACGGAGGAGAUCGAUGGUAUCAUGAAAGAGAAAAGAUGGGUGGUAUUUAAAGGCGAACAUGAACCAACUUCCGUCCCAGUUGAGUGGAUAUGCUGGUUGAAUGGACAACGCAAAAAUGCUCCAACUCCUGAGGAAAUGGCAGAGCUAGAGGCUAGAAGGGAGCUUGUUAGACUUAAUGUUGCCCGUCUAAAGGAGGAAGAGGAAAGGCUAGCUAAAGAAGGCAAGAUCAAAGUAACAAGUGUCGGUAAACUUGCUGCUCCAGACUUGAAAAGUUUUGUUAGACAAUUCCCAGAUGCCACGGAAGGUGAUACAGCUGCAGAAGCGUCUAAUGCAGAGGAUGAAAGCAGGUCAUCGGAGCCAUCUGGAUCUGGAGAAUCCUUUAGACCAGGAACAUGGCAACCUCCUAUUUGACAUUGUGAAACACAAAGAUUGUAGCAGUGGGUUUGAUCUACUAACCGCCGAAAUGUCACGAUUGAUUGUGUUAUAUAAGAACUUAUCACUGUACAUGAAGAUCACAGUGGCAAAUAUGUUGUUAUGGAGUAGCUUUUGACCUCUCCAUGUUAUCAAUUCUAUCUCAGACUGACCAAAUUUUGUUUACAGAUUUAUGUUAAAGUACCAGUCUAUAUGAAAUAAUUUUUCAGGAAGCACAUAGUUUAAAUUGAACA